CAGAUCUGAACUACCAAAACUUGCCGCGGUCAAAAUUAAAAAUUAAAAAAAAAAAAGAAUCACACCAAAGUUGCCGCCGCCGCCGCCGAUGGCGAUCUCUCCGACUCCGAUCUUCGCCGGCUUUCUAGUCAUUGCAAGUCUUCUCCUAUUCCCUCCUCAAGCAACGCCACUUUCCUCCGAUUCCGUUGUCGCCGAGCUCUCCUCCCGCCAAUCGGAGUCCCCCACCGGAGUCAUCCACCUCACCGACGCACUCCUCCGACGGAUCCUCUCAGUCCCCACUCCGCGUCCCUUCCACUCUCUUAUCUUCUUCGAUGCUAAGCAGCUCCAUUCGAAAGCGGAAUUGUCCCUCCCGGCUCUCAAAUCCGAAUUCUCCCUCGUCUCCUCCUCUUUCCAAUCCAACAACCCUAACCAAAGAUCCCAGCUCUUCUUCUUCGAAAUCGAAUUCGAGGAAUCGCAGGCCUCAUUCGCUUUGUUCGGAGUCAAUUCUCUUCCACACAUUCGCUUGAUUCCGCCCACCGCCUCUGAUGUCAAGACGGAGUCCAUCCAAAUGGCGGCCUCCGAUUUUUCGAGAAUGGCUGAAUCCAUGUCGGAGUUCAUCGAGUCCAGGACUAAGUUCUCCGUGGGCCCAAUCAAUCGCCCCCCUAUUAUCUCCAAGAAGCAGAUCAUAUUCAUUAUCGCAGUAGCGUUAAUCUGGACUCCAUUUUUCUUAAAAAAAUUGGUUUCCGGCAACACCAUUUUCCACGAUAAGAAUGUGUGGAUGGCGGGGGCGAUUUUCGUCUACUUCUUCAGUGUCUCCGGUGCAAUGUUUAACAUAAUUCGGAAAAUGCCAAUGUUCAUGGCGGACAGGCAAGAUCCAGCGAAGUUGGUUUACUUUUACCAUGGUUCGGGUAUGCAAUUAGGAGCCGAGGGUUUUGCCAUUGGUUUCUUGUACACAAUUGUGGGGUGCUUGCUGGCGUUUGCCACUCAUGUUCUGGUUAGAGUGAGAAACAGGACUGCGCAGAGAUUGCUGAUGUUUUUUGUGCUGGCUGUAUCAUUCUGGGCAGUGAGGAAGGUGAUUCUUUUGGAUAACUGGAAAACAGGGUAUGGCAUUCAUGGCUACUGGCCUUCUAGCUGGUAGUGAUGGUGAUGAGAUAAUGCAGCCAUUUAUGUAUCUAUGUGAGUUUGGUGCAAGCUGAAUGUGUUGGAUAAGUUAACAUAAGUAGCUUCUAAGGAUGUUUUCAUUGUCGACGGAUAUAUAGUUACACGCUACAAUGUGUUGUUGUUGUGUGGAUCUUGUGUUUCCCUACUUUUGUGUUCAUUAUAAUUCAAGAGGAUAUGUCUUGAAUGUGGCUAUACGUCCCACUGUUGUUAUGUAAUGGUGACUCCUGAGUAAUUGUUUUUGUCUGGUUUCAUCAAGUUAUGUGGUUAAAUGAGGAUAGCCUUAAGUGUGUUUCCAUA